AUGAAAGCGCCAAACACGUUGCGUCUGUGGGACGGCCGAAAACUUAUUAACGCUGUCGUGAAAUCUAAGGUGGAAUUCGAGGAAGAAGAGCUGGCUGAUUUGCCUUGUUCCACAAUCCAACUGACAGCUUACAAGGUUUUCGGCAAAGAACGCCUCAUUAUCAGCGCAUUCGAGAUGGUUGCUUCUGGGGACCAGAACGGAGGUGAGCUGCUCAAAGCACCCGAUGCAGUGUUCGGACUACCUGUAGCUGGACUUUGCCAAGGCAAAAAAAGAACAAUCACCGGAGUUGUUGCUCAAGUGGAUAAGGAAUGGCUCGGACCUGGCACAGGACAGGAACAGAAGCGUUUUCGAAAGAUCCUGUUGGUGGACGACACUGGCAGCAUUAAUGUAACUGCCUGGCGAGAUGACACGACAAAACUUGCGGACCUGCACAACGGAGAUCAUAUCGAGAUCACCAACGUCAACGUUGAUCCAGGCGAAAAAUACCAGCAAGCUGCCACGUGCAAAGUCGGAGCCACAUUAACCGCGUCAUCUUCGGUGGUUAAAGAGCUUGGAGUUAUUCCGUUGCCCUGCAAGCGCCUUCUAACUAUCCGAGAGGCUGCAAACGCAACUGCCUCCUUUGAUUUGCUAGGAGUCGUUGAAGAUGUGCAACGCUUCGAUUCGGCUGGAAUGACACGAACGCUGGCGUUGUUGGACCCGUCUGUCGAUCCGGUGUCACAAGCUAUCGUUCUUGAUGGACAACUGGCUGGGAAAUUUACAAUGGAAAACAAAUACUUAGUCGUUGUGAUUUGCAACUUGCGUACCACUGACGGAACAAUCCGCGGCAAAGAGAAGGAUAGCUACUUCUAUCCUUGCGUGCAGCGUAACAGCAAUACCAAACGAGUUCUUGAAUGGGUACUUCAGAACGGGUACAUUAGCGGCAAUGAGAUCUCGGAGCCAGUUCAAUCACCGGCAACCAACAAGCGCACAGCCGAAGCUAUAGAGAACGAAACGGAUGGAAGUGUGGAUUUGAAAAAUAAGCGAAAAAAUACAGGACAAACUUUGUAA